GGAGCCGAAAUUCUUUUGGUGUCAAAGGUAGUUGUUAAGGGUUUAGUCAUCGCUAGUUGGUUGUCUUUACUGCUGUUCUGUAUUAGCUUUGCAUUAUAUUUUGUUACUUUGGUUGUUAUUUUUGGUUGUUUUUUGGUAUUAGUGUCCGUUUUAUUUCAUAUUAGAUAACUGGUUGUCUAUUUUAUUUUAUUUGUCUUUUAUUUGUUUCCCCUGGUAGUUUUUUUUAUGUCCAUUAUGUUUUAGUUCAAGCUGCUGGUUAGUAGUUUGCUUUGUUGUCUGUGUUGUCCGUAUAUUGUCCCGUUUUUAUUUUUAAUCCAAGAUGUCCUGUGCUACUUUGUCUCCCAAUAACGUCAAGUAUUAUAACGAUCACUUGACUAAGUCUCAAUUUAAUAUCGUAUUGAUUAAUUCGACCAUUAACUUAUUGAAAAUCUUGUAUCCCAAACUUAAAUUUGAAAAAAUCAAUUUGAAAUUUUUCAUAAUUGAAAUUUUAAGACGUUCUAAAACUUCUAUUCAAUCAUUACAAAUUUGCAGUUAUUAUAUUUAUAAGUUGAUUAAAGAACAAAACUUGAAUGAUCAACUGUUAGAUUUACCUAACUGUCCCAAAAAAUUGUUCUUGGGUCUUAUUAUAAUUAGUUCAAAAUUUAAUCAAGAUCAUAACUAUUCCUUCAAAUCUUGGUUGAAAAUUUGUGGUUGUAAAGAAGACGAACUGAAUUUGAAUUUGAAAACUUUAAAGAAAAUCGAAGUUGAUUGUUUAAAAAUGUUAAAUUAUCAACUUUAUAUUAAUGGUUUACAAUAUGAAAAUUGGUGUAAUAUCUUAAUGAUUUUAGGUUAUGAUUUUAUCAAAUUACAUAAAAUCAAUCAAGUGAAUGAAAUCACUUGGGAAUCUGACGAUUGGUUAAUCAAUGUAAAGUUAAUUAAAUGGUGUAAAUUUUUCAUAAACAUCAAUGAAUCAAAUUUAAAAGUUGUUAAAAUCCAUUUUAAUACUUAUUACCAAAAUCAAUUAGUCAAUCAGAAAAGAGAAAAUUUGAUGAUAUUAUUGAUGACUAUAGCGUGA